GCCACCACCGUUGGAGUCGUGCGAUCACUCAUUUCGAAAUGCGCGCCGUGGGCUCAUCGAAUCUGGCCAUCCGUUUCACAGAUACCUGCGACAUUCGUCUCACCGUGACCGGCAAUGGCUGUGAUAAAUAUCCAGCCAAACAACAUGCGCGCAAAGUCGCUUCGAAAUUGAGGGCGACCGCGGGGUUGAUCUACCUCGUCGGCCAACCGACAAUCAACCUGGACGAUUCAGACCAACCGCAACCCUUCCGCCAACGACGUUACUUCUACUAUCUCUGCGGCGCCGAUGAACCGGAUUGCUACCUGACCUACGAUAUCCAGAACGACCUCCUGACUCUCUAUGUCCCGGACUUUGACCUGCACCGUGCGAUAUGGAUGGGGCCGACCCUGACCGUUGACGAUGCCCUCGACCGGUUUGACGUGGACCGCGCCUGCUAUCAGGCUUCUCUGCAGCCGGAUCUGGUGUCGUGGGUCAACAGAUAUAAUCGAGCUGCCCCAAUCUACGCCCUCCACGACACCCAGGUACCAACUAUACCCGGGACGGGCCUCUACGUGGAUGACAGGCGGCUGCUGCCGGCCAUGGACGCAGCGCGGGUGAUCAAGGACGAGUACGAGAUACGCAUGAUCCGCCGAGCGAAUGAGGUCUCUGGCCUGGCUCACCGGAGGGUUCUGGAGAACGUGCUCAAAAUGAGCAACGAGACACAGAUCGAAGGGUCGUUCUUGAACACCUGCGUCUCCAACGGCGCUAAGAACCAAGCGUAUGCUAUCAUCGCGGCGUCAGGCCCCAAUGCAGCCACCCUUCACUACGUGAAGAACAACGAGUCCCUCGCAGGGAGGCAGCUGGUCUGCCUCGACGCGGGCGCCGAAUGGAACUGCUACGCCAGCGACGUGACGCGAACGUUUCCGCUGGGCGGCGAUUGGCCCAGCCAAAACGCCAGGGAUAUAUACCACAUCGUAGAGGAGAUGCAGGAGGAAUGUAUCAAGGCUGUGAGGAAGGGCGUGCGGUUCCGCGACAUUCAGGAACUCGCACAUGUGAUCGCCAUCAAGGGCUUGCAGGGACUGGGCGUUCUGAGGAACGGAGCCGUGGAUGAGAUCCGCCAGUCGGGCGCGUCGUCCGUCUUCUUCCCCCACGGACUCGGCCACCACGUUGGGCUCGAGGUGCACGACGUGUCCGAGCAGCCCAUCACCGCCGUGCAGCGAAGCCCUAGGCGCCACCAUUGGGAGUUCAUCCCCGCCGCGAGCCACCCCUCGAGCGCACUUUCCGUGCCACUACUGGAAGAGGGCAUGGUGGUGACGGUCGAGCCGGGGAUUUACUUCUCGGAGCUUGCGCUCGCCAACGCCCGGAAACAGCCCCUGGGCCAGUACAUCGACUUCGAGGAAGCCGCCAAGUACAUCUGUGUGGGAGGGGUGCGGAUCGAAGACGACAUCCUGGUGACAGGCACCGGGUACGAGAACUUGACGACGGCGCCGAAAGGGGCGGCGAUGUUGGAGAUCAUCCGUCGCGGGAUCGACAAGUAGCUAACUAAGCCAACGGUGGUUUCUCAUUUCCGUGUCCCCCCCGUCGUCAUACCCUGUUUCAUAUCCUCGGGGGGAAGUUACUCAGCCAGUCUAGACUUCUUGGGUUUAUACGGAUCGUCGGUGUCACCAUGUCCUGACCCUCCUGGGCCCCUUUCCCUCCGUUAUGCAAAUAGUUAGGGCUACUAUCGACCACUAGCGUGACGUUGCAGGGUUCCACUUCACCCUGAGGAAAUCUAUAUUUGCAUCCGAUUAGCCUUCUAGCCUUCUAGCU